AUAAUUCACUUUUCUAUCCGAAAUUUGCAUGCACCUUAAAAUUUGUGCCUCGCUGUCAGUCUGUUGCUGCAACACGUAUAUCCUCAACGCCUUUGUUUGUCGUCUAAACCAGGAAUUUAAUUAUACCACGCGUAUGUAUGUAGAAACAAAGCAUGUACUAGGCUAUAUAAGCACUGAAGAACACAAUCAAAUAUACUCAUGUCUGCCCAUUUCUAGUUCCCUUUAAUUACCAUCAGGAUGGAGGACAUGGAUGAGGACUGCGAAGUUGAUGAUAGUUAUUCCUCUACAAAGCAAGUGAGUGGUAAAGCUAGUUGGUUAAUAGGCAAAGGGAUAUGGUUGGGGAAGAAGGCUGUAAUUACUGGUGCCGUCAUCACAUCUGCGCCACUGGUUCUUCCUCCACUUGUGGUUUUCUCUACACUUGGAUUAGCUUGUUCGGUCCCUUUCGGGUUUGUUUUUGCAACAUAUGCUUGCACUCAAAAGAUCAUGAGCAAGUUGCUUCCUGAACCGGAUUCGGGUUCUAUGUUUGAGGACAAUAUGGAAGUUGAUGAUAUGGAAGUUGUUGAUUUGUUGCAAGGUGCAGGGGCAGAGGAAAAAGGAUAUGAUCUAGAAGAUGUUGAGUUGGUACAGGAAUUGGUAGCGGAACAAGAAUAUGGUGAUUUCUUUCAACGAGAGGAGGAACGAGAAAAUGUAGUGGAAGAAGAUGAUUUGGUGCAAAGAGCGGAGGAACUAGUAUAUGAAGAGGAUGAGGAGGCACAAGUUAAUUUGGAGCAAGUGCCAGAAGAACAAGAAAUGAAACAGACACCUGCGGUACUUAAAGAAGGAGAUAUCUUGCAAGAGAAACCAGUCAACACAAUGGCAUUUGGUGCGGCGAGUAUUCAGUUGGAUGGUAAGAAUAAUCUCCAGCCUGAAGGAGAAGCUCUUUCGCAGGAAGAAAAUAUCUUGCAAGAGAAACCAGUCAACACAAUGGCAUUUGGUGUGACGAGUAUUCAGUUGGAUGGUAAAAAUAAUCUCCAGCCUGAAGGAGAAGCUCUUUCGCAUGAAGAUGUUUUUUGUAGCCAGGACGGCAUCCAAGUAUAUAAUGAAGAACCUUUGGAGCAAGAGAAGUUGAUGGUGGACGUGCUAAAAGGUACUGGGAUGAAAAAUAUGUUGGAUGAUGCAAUUACCAGCAUUAAUAUUCAUAAGCAAAUCCCAGUUGUGCAAGAGAAACAGUUGAAGGAGGUAGUGGAAGAAACUGCUACAAUGAUAGAACUAAAUGUAAAUGAUAUCAGUAAACCCGAGAGAGUUCUUACUUACCAGGCAUGUGUUUAUGAUGAGAAGAAUGGUUUUUCAAUGCUCAAGGAAGGGUCUGAUGAAAUGGAAAGAGAAAUGCUGAUGAGGAAUGAUAUGGAUGGAGAAGGUAGAAAUGAGACUCAAGAAGGAAGCACAUCGCAGGCAAAUGAAAUUUAUUUGCGUACAAAUGUCCAGGAAAGACCAAUAAGAAUUAUAAAGCAUACUCAUGAAGGGGAAAACAAGGAGGAAACUACCAAGUACCUUCAAGUAGAAGAUGCACUGUCAGCGGAAGGAACAGAAGUGAGAGAUGUGAAGCUAAGUAUUGAAGAUAUGAAUGAAAAACCUGUUAUAGAGAUGCGCCAAGUGGUAGUUAGCGUUCAUUGUGGUAAGAAGAUUGCCAGUAAGCAAGAAAUUGAAGAUGAAGAGGAAUGCAAUAAAUCACAGAAGCUUGUUUUGGUGGCGAGAAAGGUUACUGAAGAAACUGUUCAGGACAUAAAGUGUGUAGUAAAACGCAAUGCGUUAGAUGAUUUGAAUUCAGCAAGAGAGAUUGCUGAUGAAUGUGGGCUGGAUUUGUUCGAUCACGCAGCGGGUGAUCAUGACUCCUACAAUGAUUAUAAUAUCACCCAAGGAAAUGAUAAUUUUAGGAGCAGAGAGACAGAUGAUGUUGCAAAUUUACCAGUUCUUCGAGUUUCCACAAAGGUAGCUGAAUCCAAGCAUAUGCACCUCCAACCUGAGACUGAUACCCUUACGCCUCCCAACGAGGUAUUGCUCGAUGAGGAGAACAUAUGGAAACAGAUUGGUGCACUACGGGCAAUAGUGGGAUAUUCAGCUCCUAUGCACACUACUAGCUUAGAGGAACUAAAAGCUCUCUAUAUCUUUACAGGAGUCGAACCGCCACCCUCAUUAGCAGACAAUCCGGAUCUUGUGGAACUGAACGAAAAGCUCCGAUUUCUAAAGUCGGUAGUUGGUGUGAAAUAGUUAUGUUUGAACUAGCAUUUCUGUAGACGUGGUGUUUGAUAUCUCAUGGUAGAGUGUCUUAAAAUUCCGGAGGCUUUUUGCAUGGUUGAAUUAUAUGAAUUGAAUGUACUGUUGCAUGAUGAUUGUUUUUUUCGCA